UAUUCUGUAAUGUCAGCCUCCAGGAGACAUGCGAGUGUAUGAAGAACGACGGGAAGGGCACGGAAAUGUAACAGCCUAGUUUAAGUGUAACAGAAAUACUCUUAAUGGCACAAGAGUGACAAAGUCGUAGGCUUCAUUGGCAACUAGGUGGCGGGACAUUUCGAAGGAGAAGACAUGAUUAAAAAGAGCAAAAACCUGAAAUAUAUCCUGAGUCUGGUACCGGGCAAACAGCGCUUUGGAAUCUACAGAUUUUUGCCCUUCUUCUUCUGCAUUGGCGGCGUUAUGGAGUGGGUCAUGAUAAACGUGAGAAUAGGAAGAGAGACGUUUUAUGAUGUCUACAGGAGAAAACGCUCUGAGAGGGAGUACCAGCAGAAGAUUGAGGACGGAUUGAUCGUACUUCCCGAGUCCGAAACAAAGCAAACUUAGGGAUCAUCUUCUUGGAAGUAUACAAACCCAAACAGAAUGAAACAAGGUGGAAGCUGAAACAAGAUGCGGCUUUUCAGUGUGGUGAAUUUAAGACUUUACUGCUGUCCUGUCAGUGAAAUUUUCAUCUUUUGCUCAUGAACCAGUUCUGUAAACAGAGGCAAGAGACCAUAUCAGGAAAAUACAUUUCUUCAAGAUAAAUUUAUUAACAAAAGAUUAGAAUAUUGCGUCAUACAUUUACCAAAUUCAUGAAUUUACUGUGAAACGUAAUCUCACUGUAUAUGUUGCAACUUUCCUUGCCCUUUUCUUUACCUGUACCAUGUUAAAUAAAAAUGAAGUAAAAUGA